CUCCGACUCCAACCAACCCACAGCUAUGAGCAAUUGCCCUCAACAAGCCAUUGGGAUCCGCUCAUUGUGGCUGAUGGCGAAGAUUUAUCGAGAUGCAGGUCGUGUGGUGGAUGAUGUCCUUGCGAAGCGCCGUGGGCUCAAGGCUGCUCUGUACCUGCACGACUUCCAGGACCCUCGGGCCAUUUGCAAGUUGUCCGCUUCAACUCUAGCGCACAGCGAGGCUUUGACAAAGGUCCUGGCUGAGGCACGCUUAGAGACCAGUGGCCUCUUCCUGGUCAUGGCCUUCGAUCUCCUCUUGGGCCAAGGCCUGCGCGGUGGCGGCCAACUCCGUCGCCGCUUCGAUGCCGCCGCGCUCCGCCUCCGCCGCGCCUGGGCGUCGAGGGACCCGCCGAGCGCUGGCGCCGGAGGCGCGAGCGAGGUGGGCUGGGCGGCGCUGCCGCGCUACGUGCGGGUGAACGGCGUGAAGAUGGGGAAGACGGGGAAGAAGGCGGUGCUGAAGCAGUUGAGGAAGGCCUUGAAGGAGAAGAGGGCUCAAGAGCUGCAAGAGGGGAAGGAGGUGGAGCCUGAAGUGGCUGAGGUGAAGGAAGAUGAGGUGGUGCCCAACGUGCUGGUACUUCACCCAAGCUCUCGCGCAUGGCUUCAGAACCUCCCAGAGGUCCUCAGUGGUCAACUCGUACUGCAGGAUCGCUCCAGCUGUUUAUCCGCCUUGGCCGCUGGCUUGACGCCAGGGACCACGGUCGUGGACUCCUGCGCAGCACCGGGGAGCAAAACCUCGCAUGCCAUCGACCUGCUUGAGGGCAGCGGCCGUAUGUUUGCCUUCGAGAAGGAUCCCAAAAGGGCCUCCUCUUUAUUGGAGCGGCUACGUCUUUUGACCGGCUUUCAGGAGGUCGCCCUUCACACCCGGACCAAAAAGAGCAAAGCGAACCGCGCAAGCCGCGCAAGUGCUGCGCUGGCACGAGGACGCUGCUUGCCAGUGGGCUCAAAGCCCGGUGUUGAGG